AGCGAAGGGACGACAAGGGACAGUUCACCUAUUGUUUAUGUCAUUUAAAUGUGUUUAAAGUAUUAUAAACAAACACUACUAUUGUUAACUUGAUCUAGAAGAACUGUAAUAUGGCAGAGGGACUUUCCGAAGAAAAAAAGAAAGAGAUUAAAGAACUGUUCGAUUUAUUUGAUGCCGAUCAAUCUGGAACAGUUAGUUUAGACGAAUUAGCUAAAAUUGUACGUGGACUAGGACAUAAUCCAACCGAAGCAGACUUAAAAGAAAUGUUUGCUGAAGUUGACAAAGAUGGUUCUGGACAUAUUGAUAUAAAUGAGUUUACGACUUAUUGUGAACAAAAACCAAACUUCAUGGACGUAGACGAGGGAAAGGCAAUGAGACAUGCAUUUAUGAGUAUAGACAAGGAUGGUAAGGGGUAUAUUGAUGCAGAAGAACUCUAUCGGUUUUUGAAAGAUUUGGGUGACGACCCCAUGUCAGAUAACGAGAUCAAACAGGCUUUGGAAGAGUUUGUGGACGCUGGUGGUAAAAUCGAUUAUAACGAAUUCCUGAUAACAUGUCUGGCAUGACGGGACAAUCCUUAAAUGACAAUUAAUUGAGUGCACUGUUAACUGUUUGGCAGAUUUUCUGUCGAAUAAAGAAAGAGGAUAUUGAUCUGCGUUGACAAGAAUUACAAUAAAAUUAAA